GAAGUAGCCAUCUUGGAAUUUAUGUGAUCAAUAUUUGGUCUCGGUGAGUGAUUAUUGGCGAUGGAAGGUGACUGACAUCCGUAGGUUCUGUGGAGCAGUCGUCAAAUUAACGGGAUGUUUUUACUUUGUGGACCUCAGUGAGUUGAGACAACGUUGCAGGGAAACCUGUCCGUUUACGUCAACUAAAUUUCGGCACAAAUUUGUUGAUGGCAGGUACCGUUGCAAAGUUUCCAAGUCCCGCUUACAAUGUCAACGAUGAUCACUAUAUAACACAUCCGUCUGGUAUCAGUAUAAUGGAACAAGAUGUAGUGCUCGAUCAACUCUACGAUCAGAGCUUCCAGAAAAGGGCAGACAUUCUAGACCAGCUGCGUCAGACUGCCAGGAGACAUGGAGGCCGGUUGCCAUUCCAGGACCAGCUCUCCAUAUUUCAAGGAUUGUCGAGGGCGGUAUCGGAUACCAACUGGGACGUUCGCCACCAAUGUAUCAACCUGAUUAAUGAACUGAUUCCAAAAUUAGAUGAUAACUUGGAUAAGUGCAUGACAGUUGUGCUUCCUAAGCUUAUUCCUAAUCUUGGAGACAGCAAAAUUACAAUAAGAAAAGCAGUUAUACAAACUGUUCAUGUUUAUAUGAAAUAUACCAGUAACAUCCAGCAGGUUUUUCAUGCAUUAGUCCAGUUUGGUUUAGAAAAUGAGGAUUUCAAAGUCAAGAGAGAGACCACUGUUGCGCUACCUAUGCUCUUUACAAAGGAGUUUGAAAAUGAGAAUUUGUUGGAAAUUACACAGGCUUUGGCCAAACAACUAGUAGCCACUUCUCAAAGUGUUGAAGACAAUCUCACUCAAGUGUCAUUAAUGUCACUUGAAAAAAUCAGAACUCUUGUAGGAGACAAUGUGUUUGAUGCAUAUAUUCAGCGACUGCCAGUUCCUGUCCGACGGUACUACUGCAAGUUAACAAACAGAAAAGAAGAAAAUGGCUUUGAUAGUCGGACAUCUAGCACAGACUUGAACUCCAGUUUAAAUGGUACCCCAAGGAGAUUCACAGUCAGUACACAAAGCAAUGUGGCAUCUCCAAGACCAUCAGGGCCCAGUACUCCUCUCCAGGAACAGAACCCUAUUGUUCAUACUCCCACAUAUCAGCAGCAGAGUUCUCACAUUGUGGAGAUGGGCAUUAUACCUAGUCACCUUAUGGAGAGAUUGAACAAUCAGGAGGACUUCAGAGCAAGACAGGCUGCCAUUGAAGAGCUCAAAAUUAUCAUUGGAGGGCUUCAGGAUGUGGAUUUAAUUAUACCACAUAUGAUGCCCUUAGUUGGCCUUCUAAACAAUAUGCUUGAUGAUAAGAACUUCAGAAUAAGUGUGACUACCAUGGACAUAUUAGACAUGCUUGUGGUCAAGCUUGGUUCAAGUGUUAGGCCUUUUUCCAAACCAAUACUGAAUGCUGUGUGCAAAUGUUUAAAUGACAAUAAAAUAGUUGUACGUCAGUCUGUGCACAAAGUGGCCAGACACUUAAUGACCUCGCUUUCUCCCAAAUUUGUGUUAUCUGUGAUCUGUGAGCAGCUAGGCAAUCGAAGUGCAAGGAUCCGCCAAGAAGCACUGAAUAUCAUCAUAGCAGCACUUCUGACUUUUCCCAGUUAUGACUUUGAUCUGCCCUCAUUGUGUCAAACUAUAGGGCCUACACUAGUUGACUCCAAGAGGCAUGUAAGACAAGCAUCUUUGGAGUGUUUUGGCAUGCUGGCCCAAGCUAUGGGAGCUGGGAGGCUACAGCCCCUAGUCCAGGCUGUAGAUAGUGUAGAGUUAAGCUAUGAAGGGGAUGGAGUAAUGGCUGCAGUGCAGGCACGGCUAGCCAGACGACAACUUCCUAGAAUCAACAGUGAGGGAUUAGUUGAAUAUGCCACCACUCUCUCUUCAAGUUCACAGAAAAGUUCGGCCUCUAUAUCUGCCUCACAAGGGGCUGAUAUAGACUGGAUUAUGCAGGCUGCAGGGGGUGGGGGAGGCUCUGCAAGAUCAGCACGAUCAGACACCAUGGAGUUGGAAUCAGUUGCAGGAUCUGCACGCUCCACACCAGCCCCUGCUUUAGAGAGCCCUGGCUCUACCGGACCCUCUCCAAGGAGAUUUCUCAGUGCUGGUCGGGAUAAGAAGAAACUCCCUUGGGCUGAGGACGAUGACAGCAUUGGUAGGGAAGAAAAUGGAGGCUAUCAUUCAUCAAAUACACCUGCUUCACAAGCCCGUCCACCAAAACCUCUAACAGAGAGUACCCCACCUCCAUUUAAACCAAGGACAACUUGGGGCGAAGAAAGCUUGGGAGCACAUACAGAAAACCAGCCUCCUCCACGUAAACCAUAUAGAAGACAGACUUCUGGGGGUAGUGGUGUUCCCAUCAGAGAUCAGUCUCCUGACACAGGUGGAAAGUCUGCCAGUAGUUACAAACAAAUAUAUCUUAGAAACAAGUUAAAAUCAAACAGAGACAAUGAUUCAGGCACAGAAAAAGGUGGUCCUAUGUCCUCAGCCACAUCAUCACCAGCACGUAGUAGGGGGAGCAGUGGGCCAGUGGCAGAAAGCUAUCCUGAUGACACAGCCAUGUUCAACAAACCUUACUUUCCGUCCAGUUCAUUUGGGGGCAAAGACGUUAAGGAUCUGUCUAGCUCUUGGCCAGAUGGGAAAAGACUGGACUUUGAAACAAAACCCAACAAGCCGAUAUUGGACCCAAUUUCAGCCCCAGAGACACCCAACUUUCCAGACUGGCCUGAACACAACCAUCCAUUGGAAAGCCUCCCCAGAGACCAUUACACCCAAGACAGUAGGAGAGAUGUUGAUCCAUUGGAAUCUCCCAUCCCAUUGAAACCCACCUUAGCUCGCGGAUCUGCGUCAAAACGACACAAAGUCCCUCCACUCUCAGAUAGAGGCUCUGCGCGGAGAGAAGAUGAUGAGAAGGACAGUGGGAGGGACAGCCUUGAAAACACCUUGGAUGGUGCACCUAAUUCUGAAGAACUAAAUACGUCACUCCGCAGCAUCCGUACAAGUGCCAAAAGAAAGGUGGAAAAGCUGUUUGAGAAACUUGACAGACAAGAACAAAACCAGUUUGGGACUGACCCAGGUCAAGAAAACUCCAAUUCUCCCAGUCCCGAUUACUUGUUAGAAAGUGGAGUGUUCAGUCCUUUGUCCACUUUAAGUCCACGAGAUGAAGCAAGUGAAGUAUCAGACAAGGGAAGUCGGAGAACAAGCAAUAAGAAGUCUGACUCGCCCUUUGAAACAAAACCCAGAAUAGCCAGGAUGAACUCCAUGAAAGAAAAGAAAAAGAGCCAAGAAAACCUUUUGGACAAUAACAACAGGAUGGAAAAAGAGAGUCCCCAUUUGGAUUAUAACCCAAACAGUGGCGUUACCUUCAAAGAGAAUCCCAACUCUGAUGUAAAAGUAAUAGGAAGGGGGUAUGCUGAGGAUGCCACCCCUGGGGAUCUUAGAGCAAGUCAGAUACACUCAAAGGCCAGGGAAAAAAGGAGAUUGGCUAAAGGGCCUGUGCUGUCUCCCCUGGGUAUGGCAUCCAUGUAUUCCCAUGGUGCAGCUGAUCCAGAGGAAGAAAAAGCUGCUAAUGGAAUAGGGGUAGUUGGAAAAGGUAUGUUUGAUCACUCCCCUGCAGAAAGUGGCAGUGACUUGUCACUUAACUCCUCUGUACACAGAGACAAGAGAAGGGAGUCAAAGCAAGAACCUGCCAGCCCGGACCUCCCUGUGUAUGGUGUGGGCAUGCGACAGAAUUCCAAUGAGAAGCAGUAUGAGGAAGGACUUGUGGAAUCAGAUGAUGAGUCUGUCAUAUCUAUGUCUAAAACCACCAAAGAAAGACUGGAGCAAAAGCGAGAGGAGAGGAUUAAAGAAGCAGAGGAGAAAAAGGCAAGAAAAGAACACGAAAGGCGAGUCCGGGAGGAACACGAAAGAAGGGAACGUGAAGAAAGACUCCGAGAGCAGAAAGAGAGAGAAGAAAGGCAACGAGAGCAGGAAAGAGAGCAGCAGAGAAUACAGGAAGAAAGGCAGCAAAGAAUAAUGGAAGAAAAACAAAAAAGAAGGGAGGAAGAAAAACAAAGGGAAAAGGAACGACAGCAGGAGAAGUUAAAGAAAUUGGCCACAGAAGAAAAGCUCAAUUUAGAAGAUCUCUCAAUCUUGGGUAAUAAUGCAGGCACACCAAACAAAUUAGUAACCACUAAGCCCCCAGCAGCAACUCCGCCUAGGAGGAAGUCAAAAUCGCCUCCAACUUUGUCCAAUACUUUCCCUAUGAGCAAGGAGCGUAAGGUCAGUUCUGCUGCAGAUCACAGUCCUCCCAGCACCCUGUCCUCCUCCAUGCGCCCCAUGUCUGAAGCUGCAGAGCUCAAACGCUGUAGUAACCCAGAAGCAGCAGUCAAAGAUGCUCAAGCAAAACUUGCUCAAGAUGGCUGGAACGAGAAAUGUGAUGGUCUCAGUCUGAUUCGACGACUUGCCAAACACCAUCCUGCUGUCCUGGCUGCAAACCUUCAUCCCGUCAAUGUGGCAGUGAUGGCUGAAGUGCGAAAUUUACGAUCACAAGUGUCUCGCCUGGCCAUCACAACUUUAGGGGAGAUGUUUCUCAAUCUAAAGAAAAAUAUGGAUGCUGAUCUUGAAAACACAACAAAAGUUCUACUUCACAAGAAUGGUGAGAGCAAUGGCUUUAUCAGGGAGGAUUGUGAGAAAGCUCUGGCAAACAUGAUUGCUGAGGUGACUCCACAGAGGGCAUUAGUAGCUAUCAUUCAGGGAGGUGGACAACACAAGAAUGCAACUGUAAGAAGAAUCACCUCCCAGCUUUUAGUGGGUUUAGUUGAGCGUAUGGGACCUGGCAGAAUUCUCAGUGGGGUUAAAGAUACCACAGACAGAGUAUUGCCAUUGCUGGCCCAGUUUGCCACUGAUGGCUCUCCAGAGACGAGGUACAAUGCCCGCAAGAUCCUCUACAUGCUGAUGUCCCACCAGGACUUUGACAAGUGUCUCACCAAAUAUCUUCCACAGAAUACACUGAGAAAUAUACAGGAGGUUGUUGACAACGUGAGACAGAAGGGCCCUGGUGAUGAUCCAAGUGACACCCCUACAGCUCGAUCCAGGAGGUCAGGUCAAGGGUCAAGGUCACGUGGAAAUUCUGCUGGAAGUAGUAUGGUUGAUGGCUCCCAAGGUUCUCCCUCCCUACCGUCCAGUUCCUCGAGCAAAAAGCGAGGUCACAGGGUACACAUGGAUGAACAGACUCAGGAAGAGAUUAAAGAGAUGAACAAUAUGCUGGGAGCUAGCGACUGGAAGCAGAGGCACGAAGGGCUGACAAGGCUGACAGAAAUGUGUGAGCAAAACCCAGAAGUUGUAGGGGCAAAUAUCACAAAAAUUUUUGAUAAAUUUGUUUCAAGACUGAAUGACUCCAACAGUAAAGUGAACCUGUUUGCAUUACAAGUGUUGCUUCAGAUCACACCCCUCCUUAAGGAUUAUAUGGGCUCCUGUAUCAAUAUGGUAAUCCAAACAGUGUCCAACAAUCUAUCUUCCAAGAACAAAGAUAUCUAUAGCACUGCAAUGGAUAUAUUGGAUUGCUUUAUGGAACAUCUAGAUGAAGCUAUUCUUCUCCAGCCAUUUGCAAACCAAGCCCAAGCUGGCAAUGUGAGAGUGAAGCCAGACAUGAUAGAGAAAGUGGCAUACUUGGUCACCAAAGUAUAUCCACGCAAGCAGAAACCAGUGAUGCUCCAUGUUCUGCCACUAUUAUGGCACCUUCUUGGUGCCCAGGCCAGCAGUGGCUCUGUACAGGGUGGGACAGGCAAUACACAAACCGCCACAGCACGCCUGGUCUCCAGUCUGUACCAGCAGAUGGGACAAAGCUUACUGGAUCAGGCUAGCAGUCAUCUAGCACCCAGGCACAUGCAGACUCUACAGGAUAUGAUCCAGAAUCAGCAACAGUGAUUUAUUUGUAGCCUGAAGCCUGUUUAGGUGGUGUUGGCUCCAUGAUGUGAUAUGGUGUUUUGUUUGAAAGAGAAGCAAAUAUCUUGAAUUGCAGAGAAAAAGAUUGCAUAAUAUGCAUAGAGAUCUCACGGAAUUAGUCUCGUCUCUGAUACUGUUUGCUGGAGAAGGCUACAAGGAUGUACUGGUUUCAGGGCUUUUCCCUGUCCUUAGGAAGGGGCAAUACUGUACUUAAAACUGAUGCCGUCCACACCUUUGCUUUCAGGACUUUUGUCAAACAUGCCUAAGUCUUAAACCCCUUUUACACUGCACAGUGACCUUGCUGCGUCCUUUGUGGGACCAUAAAACUGGCAUUGCUGUGGUCGUAGGAGGCACAAGCAUUGCUUUGGUUGCAGCAUGAAAGCUCAAUGAUCGGCCAGUU